AAGACGAGUAAACGCUGUGGUCACACUGGCUAAUAUCUCCUGCAACCGGUUGUUUAUUUUUAUAGAAUCUUGAAAUAAAAUCCUUCAGGAACAUGUCAAGGCGAGGACUUCUACUAUUGGGCCAAUGCAUGCCCUGCGUCAAGCAGAAUGCCUCCAAGAUACGUAUUCGGCGUAUGGAAAUGGACAAGAAUCUGAAUAUGUACUUCAAAAAGGAUGAGUUCUACUUUGCCCACGAUCCGCAGAAGGUGUGCAAAACCGGGGAUGUGGUCCUGAUCCGGGAGCUGCCCGAGCGACUAACCCGCCUCAUCACUCACAACGUGGAAAAGGUCGUCUAUCCGCUGGGUGACAUAACCGAUCCACUGACUGGAAAGAAGGUGGUCGUGGGCAAGUACCGCGAGGACAUCGAGAUGGCCAACCAGCUGUUCGGAAAGUCGGAGAAAGCCUUCGACUACGACAAAGCUCCGCCUCGCGGUCGCCUCGAGGGAACCAAGGAUUUCACGCACGGAGAGACCUACAUCAAGUACCACGAGGAUGGCAAGGAUCAGCCCUUCGCCGUGUAGAGCACCACCGGUCGUUUAUCUGUUAAGUUUCCCCUUUGUUUGAUAGUAAAGUGAACUAAUUUGUCCUAGA